UGGACAGUAACCCCACCAACUCGAAGCCGAAGGACCCGCUUCCCCAAGGACGAAAUGACACUACGUAAUUCGUUGUGCAACGGAGACAAAAUUCAAGAUGAGGUACUGGUCAGCCGGAUAGGAAGUACAUGCCCUUGUCAUAUAUUCACGCAGCCAGGACAAGUACCUCUUCAACCUGUCGGUCGCCAACCCGCCUACCCGGGCACCCACUCGUGUCGUGCUACAGCUCCGAAGCGGGAAGCUUUAUCACCCCAACGACUUGAAGCUCGACCUUUGACGGAAAUUCAACAGGGUUUGAUGGGGAGAAAAAUUGGAAUAAAAAUAAUUUUUUAGGCAAUGAAGACAAAAAGAAGGCGACCUACAUCUAACUAUUAAAACCCGCGCUUAUCUAUUGUUGGUAUUGAUCACUCGUUGACCAGGACCCAACUGGCCACGUCGCGCAAUUUCACUUUUCUACAUAUUCCUUUUUUACUCACCUCCCUCAAACUUGCAUCGAUUAACGUCACAACCUCUCACUUCUAUCGGCACAAAUAUUUCGACCUCCGGGGAAUAUACUACAUUGAAUACUCGAUGGGAUAUCUGCGGGGCUGACUCUUACCUGGUCGAAACCAACUGAGACGAACACUUACUAGUCCGAGUGCUUCCGAGCUUCACUCAUAGCAGCCAUGGCUGACGGAGAGCCGGACAUCAGCGACCUCUCGCCGGAGCAGCAAGAGGCGCUGCAGCAGUAUACCAUGAUUACAGACCAAUCCGUCCAGGAUGCCAUUCCACUGCUACAGAGAUCACAAUGGAACGCCCAAAUAGCAAUCGCAAAAUUCUUUGACGGCGAGCAGCCCGAUCCCGUAGCCGAAGCCCUUGCGGCGCAGGAGCGAAGUCAGCAAGCGGGAGGUCCCGGCCUCGGCGGCAUCGCGCGAUUCGAAAAUCUCCAAGAUAGCCUGGACGGCAUCGAGAUGGAUAUUGUCAGCAGCAGAAGACAAAGAACUGAGGUGGCGCCCAGGGUCGUACCCCAGCCCGCGAGGAUCUAUAGGGUACCCAUCCUCUGGUCUAUCAUCACGCUGCCUUUCAGUCUCACCUGGAGAAUCGCCACGACUCUAUUUCGACCGAUCGUGUACCUUCUCGGCCUGCUUCCGCGUAACAUGCGACCUAGAGCCAUCGGCGCUGCAGGGUAUGGACGACGACAGCUGAUGCCGCGGGAUGCCGCAGCGCGGUUCAAGCGCGAGUUUGAGGAGAAUUACGGGUCCGGGGAGCUGCCGUGGUACGAUGGGGGCUCGGCGCAGGCCUACGACGCGGCGAAGCGGGAGCUCAAGUUCCUGCUCAUCGUUCUGCUGUCGCCCGAGCAUGACGACACGGAUUCUUUUGUGCGGGACGUUCUCCUUUCGCCCGAAGUCGUGUCGUUUAUCAAGGACGAAAAGAACAACAUCAUACUGUGGGGAGGGAACAUUGUCGACUCGGAGGCGUAUCAAGUGUCGUUCGAGUACCGAUGUACCAGGUUCCCCUUCGCCUGUCUCGUGUGCCUGACCCCCAAGGAGGGCAGCACCCGUAUGGGCACCAUCAAGCGUAUCCAGGGUGCUGUCGCUCCGGAGCGCUUCCUCGAGGAUAUCAGGUCCGCCAUAAACAAGCACAAUCCGGAUCUGGACGGCGUGCGGGCGGAGCGCGUCGCCCAGGAGGCCGCGCGCAACCUACGGGCGGAUCAGGAUUCUGCUUACGAACGCUCCCUGGCCAAGGAUAGAGAAAAGGCGCGUCUACGACGGGAAGCUGAGGCUGCCGCAGCAGCAGCCGAAAAGCGGGCAUUGGAAGAGGCCGAGGCAGCAGCCCGACUGGAAGAAAAGAGGCAGCAGUGGAAGGCGUGGCGGGCCACGACGAUCGCAGACGAGCCCCCUGCGGCGGACAAGGACGUCGUCCGACUCGCGCUUAUGAUGCCAGAGCAGACGGGUGCAGGGCGGAUCGUGAGGAGGUUUUCCAGAGAGACUACCAUGGAAGAGCUUUACGCGUUUGUCGAGUGCUAUGACGUCCCGAAAGGGAACGACGAGAAGCCCCCGCUGCAACCGGACAACUACGAACACGAGUACAAAUUCCGCAUAGUUUCGCCAAUGCCCAGGGAGGUCUACGAACCUAGCACAGCUGAGACCGUCGGAGAUAAGAUUGGCCGGUCAGGCAAUUUGAUUGUGGAGACGAUAGUCUCGGACUCCGAUGACGAGGACUAGAUCUUGUAUUAUGAGGGCCAGAUGACAUGUCACGGGGCGUUGGUUUGUUUAUUUAUUUGAGAACUAACGAAUCUUGUCGCGGGCACAAGAUGGAAACGGUGUACAGGACAAACAAACGUAUCGGCAUGAUGACAUUCCCGAACUGGGAUAUGUAAUUUUAGAGAGAGAAAAUCAAGACUGGAU